AUGUCGUCCAUCUCCACCUACGACGAGCCCAGUUCAAGCUACCGCUCAGCAGGCAAGCUCGCGCUCGACCUGAGCAACGCCAGAGCGAUCGAAAAUCUCCUCCAUGAGGUGUUUGCGAGCAUACAGCAACCGGCAGACCGGACCGAGUUCGCUUUGACGCAUACCGCCCCCACCAUUGCCGCCUCCCUCGAAGAGAACUUGACCAUUCUCACAGACCUUGAGGAGCAGCUUCCUGAGGUUGGCACUCAGAUUCGUGACAUUCGCAGAGUCUAUGACCGCGGUCGAGAGAAGGCCCAGCAACUCAUGACGUCGCUCGAAUGGCUGAACACACCAGUAUCGCUACGACUGCGUGCCAUCAUCUUCACGCCAAAUGCGCCAGUGGGCAAGCGUUGGAAGGUCCUCGUGCGAACGAUAUUUGCGAUGGUGCUCUGCGCUUGUCUAUGGAUCGCAUGGAUCACUAUCUACGGCGCAGUACGUGCCCACCGACAGCGCCUCAUGUGGGUCUCUCCUAUCCCCCGCACGCAUUCUCCUGCAUCUCAUCUCAUCUCUCUAACCUCUCUGCUCGCUCUCUACGCCUCUAUGACCCCCUUCCUUGCACUCGGCACCUCGGUUGUCUUUCCCGACUUCGAUACCACGUCCUCCUGCUUUGCUCUCCCCCACAUCAUUCCGCCACUACUUCCUCUGCAAUAG